CCCUCCUCCCAUCUCUCCUCCUCAACCAUCCCUCUGCACCAGCACUUCAGCGCUAAGACAGCUGGAGACUCGCUUUUGCUCACCAGUUCCAUUCAGUUUGAGAGAAACUGGUCUGGUCUUGCUGUAGACGGAAAUGACUACGAGCUGUUGUGGAAAGUGUUUCGUUUGUUGGGCACCAAGCAGCAGUGGCUUAAUCCACUGAGCAGACGGGAUCAAAAGGAGAAGGUAGCAUUCUGGUCCCAGCCCAAAGAAGACGCUCGGAGCUUUGCUUGUGUAAUCAAGGCUGGGAUCACAUACCUGGAGACUUGUCUCUGAGGGACUCCUUCAGAAAGUGCUGAAGAACUCGUUCCUGGUUGUAUCCGAGAAGAGGAUUCUUGGAGUCUGAUAGAAGGUUGCUAACUUGGGAAUUUCUCGUUAGAGAUCUGUUGAAGAGACACAAGUGUGCUGCCAUCAGCUUUCCCUCACUUUAGUGAAUCACUGCAGAGGAAUUUUCACGGAAUAAACAACUUUCCCAAGCCACAUUGCCAUCUCUCCGCAUUACAUUUCAUGGGACACGAGUGGACUGGUGAGAAAUGACAAGCUGUAGUGCUUUAAAACUUCUUUAAACUACUUUUCUCUAAUAAUUGCCAGACAAUUAGCACUCUUUGAGCAUUGGACUGUCAAAAUAGUUGCUCUUAUAACUUCUUAACUAUCUGAAAUUCCUAGUUUUCCACUUUUUAAAAGCAAAACAUCUGCGUGAAACACUUUUUUUUUUAGUAGUAUUUUUGCUCAGAGGAAGACGUUGUUGAUUUAAAUGCCUGCUUGACUUAUUGCACAACUCCCUAACAGCAAGAUGGGGAUUUGGGGAGCUUUCUUACACACCCUAAGCCCCUGGACGUCUGAUGGUCCUCUGAAGCUAAAAGAAUGCAGCACUUUCGGGGGCUAGUCUUGCGCCGUAGACCGCUGGACACAACCGUGAAAAGAUAACAAGAAGCCAAGCGCGCUCUCUUUCACCUGUCCCUGAGUGAAAGGGCUGGAGUAUCGAUCAAUGCCAUUUUUACCCAGAGGUCAACUGAAAACGUAGACACGCUGACAAGUCUGGAUAAGCCGGGCAAACGAGUGCCAAUGCUCUUACUCAUUUUAAGAUGAAGUUAUGGAAGUGUGCCGCCAUCGCCUUGACGCUCUGUGGUGCUGCACUGUCCGUCUUCCUCUCUAGAAUCCUGCUUCCCCUGAAAGCACCUGUUCCUCUUCACUUCAAGCUUUCGUCUUUUUCUUCAUCAUCAUCAUCACCGCUAUCAUCAACAGCAUCACCCACAUCUUCUAUGUCCUCAAACGACUCCUCUUCAUGGACUGGUGGGAAGUUUCGGAGGGUCAGAUCGGCGAAUGGUGCCAACUCGGUCAUCUCUGAAUUCAUGCACAUGUUCCAGAGCUUUACAGAGGGCGAGCUGAAGCAGAUCAUCGCCACACUGGUGGAGCGCAAAGCGCAGAGGGACGCCAAGCAGGGCAAAAGGACUAAACGGGCUAAGAAUGGCAGCAAAGUGUGCUCGCUGCAGGAAGAAGAGGUGACAGUCAGCCAGCUGGGACUGGGCUACAUCAGCGACGAAACCUUCCUUUUCCGCUACUGCAGUGGAAGGUGCGCAGCCAGCCGCCGCAACUAUGACAUAACGCUGGCGUUCUUGAGCAAGAGCAAGAACAAGCUAAUCAAGGAGGACCUCAAGAAGGCCAGAAACAGACCCUGCUGCCGGCCAACCGCCUACGACAAGGACAUCUCCUUCCUAGACAACCAGAGCCGAUACCACACCAUCCAUGAGGUUUCUGCAAGUCAGUGCGGCUGCAUAUGA